UUUUGUAAAGAAGUUGCAUUUGUCAAAAUAAUUACUUUGCACUCGUUUAUUUAUUGAAGAACUGCCUACAUAAGGGAUGUGGCAAGCGCAUGUAUAACAAAAUAAAACUUAAAGCCGUAUAAAAUUUUGUGUAUUGAUUAAAUACAAAAACCACGAAAUAAACUAAAUUUUAAUAUUUAUUGGGUGAAUAACAAUUGCUAUUACAUGGCGAAAGUGCGCAUACCAACGCAAAAAGUUAUACUCUGUGGCGACUAUGGUGUCGGAAAGAGUUCCUUAUUUCGACGUUUCACAAACAAUACAUUUGUUUCUGAAACAGAUAGAAAAUCUACACUUGGAUUAGAUCACAUCGAUAGAACAUAUGAGGUCGAUGAUAAACAAAUAAAAUUACAAUUAUGGGAUACCGGUGGCAUGGAACGUGUUGCUUCAGUAACUUCAUCAUAUUACAAAUUUGCUGAAGGAGCUAUUUUAGUUUUCGCUUUAGAUAAUGCAGCAUCAUUUCAUUCACUGUCACAACAUUUACUCGAUAUAGUCACAUAUGCAGAGAAUGCAAAAAUUUUCAUUUGUGGUAACAAAUGCGAUUUGGAGGAUCGUCAACCACAAGUAACUGAAAGUGAUGUUGAAGCUUUCAGUGAACAGUGUCAUAGCCUGAUUAGUGCCACAUAUAAAACAUCUUGUAAAACAGGGGAUGGUGUUGAACAAAUGUUCAACGAUAUAUCUCGCGUAUUAGUAGAAGCCAAUCGUUCCAAAAUGGAACUUCAAGCUCUGGAACAACAUGGUUUCAAAAUCGAUGCAUAUGAUGAAGCCGAAGCUACGGAAGAAGGAAAUUCGUGCGUUUGCUAACAGUUGGGGAAUGUAGAGUUUGGUUAAGCGGUAUUUAUAACAAUAAAAUCAAACAAUAAUAAUGUAAAAUUAGGUUGAAGGCUGACAUCACUUCUCUCAAGUUUUGCUUGUUCCUGAAUCUUGUAAUUCGUACAUUAAUUCCACAAACAGUAAAAAGGUUGAAGGCUGACAUCACUUCUCUCGAGUUCUGCUUGUUCCUGAAUCUUGUAAUUUAAACAUUACCUUCACAAACAGUAAAAAGGUAUUUAAAAAUAAAACCUAUAAACAAUUCUUAAACAUUUUGGCAAAAUACAUAUAGAAACAUUAAAAUAAUAUAUUAAAAAUUUUUUUUAAUUGAAUGGAAAUUAAAAUUGACCUCAAACCAAAUAACUAACUUUUAUAUCAGUAGUAUGCGACGUAAAAGCCAUAAAUCUAAAU